AUGACGUUGUUUGUCGCCGCAACUAUCGUUGUAUGUGUUCAAAGCCAACUGAUAACGGAAACACCUUAUAACACGGUUGUUUCUAAAGAUGGAACCAGUAAUUUCAACACAAUUGCUGGAGCAAUAUUGGUGGCCCCUGAUCACAGUGUCAAGCCAUUCUUUAUAAAAAUUAAGAAAGGCACGUAUCAGGAAUAUAUUAGAGUUGAUAAAAAAAAGACUAAUAUAAUCCUGAUCGGAGAAGGUAUGGACACUACGAUUAUAACGGGUAAUAGAAGUUUUGUCAACGGGGUUCUUGGCAAUGGCUUCACAGCCCAAGACGUAACUUUUAGGAAUAAUGCCGGACCCAUAAAGCAUCAGGCAGUGGCAUUAAGAGUUGAAGCAGAUUCGGUGUCCUUUUAUAAAUGUCGAUUCGACGGGUAUCAAGACACUUUGUAUGCAAAAAAGCAACGUCAAUUCUACCGAGACUGUGAAAUCUAUGGCACAAUAGAUUUCAUAUGUGGUGACGCGACAUCCAUGUUCCAAAACUGCUUGAUUGAAGCACGCACUCCAAUGGCAAGGCAAUAUAACACAAUCACAGCGCAGAAAAGAGAUUUCGAGGCCUUAAAAAGUGAAACAGUGCUUCAAAAUUGCUCUAUAAAGGCUACCGUCGAUUUGGAGAAAUCGGACAAUGUCACAAUGUAG